AUGUCGGUACCUGCCGCACCAGCUCUCAACUCGGACAUCGAUUCCGCGCAGGUAGGCUUCGCCAUGCAUCGGUCCAGCGAGGAGUCCAGCACUAAUGGUCGCGAUUGUACUCAGAGUCCUCUGGAACCAGCUCUCAGCGAUGAAAUGAAGAGGGAUCUUGCUCGCAUCGGUUUCCACCGCCUAGCCCUUGGCAAGAACGACUUCGACAUCAGUGAUACAGCCAUUGAAUUUAAGACAGCUCCUGGACAUAUGGAGGCGACCUACGUGGGUCACUACUCCUGGCUUGCGUCUUGGUUCCCGUACAACCCUAACCAUAUCACUAUCUACUUCAUCUCCAACACGGGGAGUCAGAGCUUCUCCAUCCCCGAGGCCAUUCUGGCGCAGAACUUUGAAUAUUUCCAAGUUGCCCUCAAGAUCAAACCCUCGGAGUUGGAAUGGAAGGAGCAGGCCGAAAGGGAGUUCAAGCUACAGCGCAGUGAGGCUGGUGCUUUUGGAUUGAUCAUCAGCUUCCUGUUGACGGGAACAUUCCCGCAGCACCCUGACCCCAAGAUACGAUCGGCUCACGGCGUGAUUGACGACUUCAUCACCGCCAUUCGCUUAUCAGACUAUACGGGCCUGCGCUGCCACGAUCGUUUCGUUCACGCCGUCUGCUUGUGCGUCCGGCAAUUACUGCUGGAGGACCGCAAAGCACUGCAGACGGUACACAUCAGCAAGCUCUACAACCUCGCCGCCACUCAUCCUCAACACCUCCGAGAACUUGCCAAGGUAUUUGCGCAGGCAGCAGUGAAGCCCUGGAUGCACUGCUGGAUGGCCAAGUCGACCAAGCCGGCGACUAUUUCUCGCUCCGUUGCCUACGAUGAACUUUGCGGCACCGACCCAGACGAGUGGCGUCUGGUUGUCAAGCACUACAUUCAUCUGGUUGACCACAACGACAGUUUCGCCGUCGACGUUGCAAAGCAGGUGCGCAAGACGAUGGAGGAGAGCAAGCGCCUCAACUCGAUCGCUUCAGCUACGCAAGAUGGGGCCAACAAGACGAUUCACAAGUUGCCAGAGCACGUCGACUAUGUCACCUACCGUGAUCCCCUCGUUCCUGGAGAGGGUAAGGUGAAGGCGCAGCUUUUCACAAUCUGA